AUGGCAGAGUCCACAUUCACACCGAAGGUUAAGCGUGUUUGCUGUAUUGGUGCAGGCUAUGUGGGAGGUCCCAGUGGAGCCAUCAUCGCGAGCAAGAACCCCCAUGUCCAAGUAACCAUCGUCGACUUGAACAGCCAGCGAAUUCAGGCGUGGAACUCAGAAUCACUGCCCGUGUAUGAACCUGGGCUCGCAGGCAUUGUCAAGACAGCGCGUGACGGCAUCCCAGGGUUCCGCAAAGCCAACUUGUUCUUCUCCACUCAGGUUGAUAAAGCCAUCUCGGAAGCCGAUCUUGUCUUCAUCGGAGUCAACACACCCACCAAAACCCGGGGUUUAGGAGCCGGGAAGGCCUCAGAUCUGGGCUGGCUCGAAUCGGCAACUCGACGCAUUGCAAAAGCGGCAGACCGAGACUUGAUUGUCGUUGAAAAGAGUACGGUGCCUUGCAGGACUGCUGCGAGUAUCCGGGAGGUCUUGCUUGCAAAUGGCAAGCCAGGAGUGAAAUUUGAGGUUUUGUCGAACCCAGAAUUCCUGGCGGAAGGAACAGCCGUUAAGAACCUCUUGAAUCCCGACCGAAUUCUCGUCGGAUGUCUCCAGACUGCAGACGGAUGGGCAGCAGCCAAAGAACUAUCUGAACUUUAUGCUGCAUGGGUUCCCCGCAACCAAAUUGUUACCAUGAAUCUCUGGUCCUCGGAACUGUCCAAGCUGGCUGCAAAUGCCAUGCUGGCACAACGGAUCAGCAGUAUCAAUGCCAUGAGCGCCAUUUGUGAAGCUACAGGAGCCAAUGUCAAUGAGGUAUCGUACGCCUGUGGUCUUGAUAGCCGCAUUGGCCCAAAAAUGCUGCAGGCGUCAGUCGGCUUCGGAGGCUCAUGCUUCAAAAAGGACGUUCUGAACCUCGUGUACAUUGCUGAGAGUUUGAAUCUUCCAGAGGUAGCGGCUUACUGGGAAUCCGUCGUCCAGGUCAACGAGUAUCAGAGGAGUCGUUUCACCAAGCGCAUUGUCACUUGCCUCCACAACACGCUCAACGGCAAAAAGAUUGCUGUACUCGGUUUCGCAUACAAGAAAGACACGGGGGACACCCGUGAAAGUACCGCAAUCACGGUUGUUAAUCAUCUCCUGGCCGAAAAUGCCCAGAUUAGUAUUUACGACCCUAAAGUCACCGAAACCCAGAUUAUGAGCGACCUGAGCGCCGACAACGAUCCAGCGGUCCUGAAAUCGUCCAUCAAAGUGCACACAGACCCAUACGAGGCCUGCGAUGAUGCCCACGCCGUAGUCAUCCUGACGGAGUGGGACAUGUUCAGUAAUAAGACACCAGCACACGUUUUACUGGAGACUCCCAAGAAGACUGGUCUCGGUUUACAACUACAUCUCCCACCCACACCCCUCAGUUCUGUGGCUGAUGAAGACCGAAGUCGUCAACCUAAUGACAGCAACAAUUCCGAGGAGGUGUCGCAAUCUUCUCGUUCCUCCUCAACUUCUCCCAAGGAAUCGUCACCGGGUUACUUUGCGCAUACUGCCGCCGCCCUGGAUGCCAAUAGCUCCAACCUUGUCGUUACGUCGCCCAACGAUGCUAGACAACCACCUAGUCCUUCUCAGUGGACGCGGCCAUCCUCGCCUGUCGUUGUGGAGGAUGAGUUACCCAGCCGCCUGGACUGGUCUCGGAUCGCCGGUGCCAUGCAACGACCUUCAUACGUUUUUGACGGCCGAAACAUCAUUGAUGCACCCAAGUUGGAAACGCUCGGUCUCAGAGUUGAGGCUGUGGGUGUUGCCAGCUCUUGGAAAGUCGAAGCUGCAGCUGCUUGA